GAAGAGGUAUAAUGGCGCCUCGUUUAGCAACAUUCACGCUCAGGAAAGGCGACGUCCUCAUGCUGCUUCUUUGCCUUGCAGUGUUGGCGUUGCUGCUGGUGGUGGGUGCGGUGACCUGCUCCCCGCUGCCCAGCGACUUCCCCGCCCACGCCGCCCAAGAUGCCGCCCACCACGUCGAGGUUACCCACGAGGUGCGCCACGUCACGUUUGAAGUAAGUGAGGAGGUGAGCGACGCCACCGCCUCGUCCCAGGUCCCCUCCGCCGUCCCCCCGAGGAUGACCCCCCAUCCCCACGGCGACGACCCCCCGACCCUCCCCGACGCCCACCUUCCGCACCACGUGGCUCAGCUCGACCUCCAGCCCGCCCACCACACGCUGCCCGAGGAGCACGGGCUGGAGGAGAAGGAGGAGGACGUCCCCGAGACCGAAGGAUUCCUCUCCGACGAGCCGCCUGUCGAGGACGCCGUGAAGGACGAAGGGAUUCUCGGCGCCCUCCAGGAAGACGAGGACGUGGAGGUCGAGGCUAAGGAGGAAGAAGGAGGCCUCGGGGAGGACACGGCAGCGGAGAGGGUCUCGAGUGAGAGCGCCUCGGGAGAGCACGACCCGCAGGACAUCGCGAGGGGCGUCGUUCCCGAAGACACCGCGGCCGAGGAGACCAGCCUGGCGGAGGACGCGUCGGCCGGGCAGGAACACACAGAAGAAGACCAAGAAGAGAAAAGUGCAACACACGGCGCUGAACUCCAAGAACACGUGGCGAAUGAAAGUGCAGUGGAGGACCAUGUGAGUGGGGAGAGUGCGAUUCAGGAGGAAAAGUCAGAACAAAGUGUUGCCGAAGAAAAUGCCCCCGAGGAGAGUACAGUGGAAGAACAAGCGCCCGUAGAAAACGUAGCGAUAGAGAGCAAACCAGAAGACUCCGUACCUGAAGACAGUGACCUUGGAGAAAGCAAAGCAACUGGAAGCUCUUCAGAAGCGAAUACAACGAGUGAGGUCGCGUCAGGAGAGGAAAUGACAAACGAGAAUGUCCAGGCAGAGAGUGUCACAGUGGAAAGCGUGUCAGAAGAACAGGCCGUGGAGAAGGAGCCAGAGGUAGAGGCGCAUGUACAUCCUGUCGAGAUGAUGCAAGCCGACGAGACGCGAGAGACUGUCGUUCUGGCCGAGCCCGUCGCGGAGGAGAGCAAAGAGGAAGAGAACAAGACGGAAAAGGAGAUUGUCUCGGAAAGACACACCGCGGAGGAGAGAAAGAGGAAGAACAAGACGGAAAAGGAGAUUGUCUCGGAAAGACAUACCGCGGAGAACAAAGAGGAAGAAAAGACGGAAAAGGAGAUUGUCUCGGAAAGACACACCGCGGAGGAGGACGUAGUGGAAGAAGACAAGACGGAAAAGGAGAUUGUCUCGGAAAGACACACCGCGGAGGAGAACAGAGAGGAAGAAGACGAAACGGAAAAGGAGAUCGUCUCGGAAAGACACACCGCGGAGGAAGACGUAGCGGAGGUGGCCGCCCCAGAGGAGGGAGAAGAGAGCGAAGCCCAGGAGGACGUCCCGCAAGACCACGCUGCGGCAGAGGGAGAGGCGGAGGAGGAGAUGGCUGCAGCAGCACGAGACGCUGCGAGUCAUGAAGGGGACCAGGAGGAAGUUCUGGCAGACGCUUCGGAACAGGAAGCUAGCCAUGAAGAACCCAACUCCACAGACAUCAUGGACCCCAGGGUUAAGAAGGAAGUGGAGAUUUCGGAGGAAGAAAAAAGAAGCGCCGAGGAAACCGCAGGAACUGAGGAGAAGACCGAAGGCGAAAUCUUGCCCCUCGACCUGGAAGCCUCGGAGGAGGAGGAGACGCAGCCGAUCCUAGUCGCGGCCGAAGGGGACCACGCCGGUUCUCCCUCUCCAGCCGAAGGCCAGAGUGACCAGGGCGGCGUGGCCUUCGUCAACGAUGCGCCGUCGUCCCUGGAUAGCUCCGAGUUGUCCUCCGAAGAGGUCCCCAUCCCGGUGGAGAUGCACACGGACACCGAGGGCGACAGUGGGGUGGAGAUCACGCCGGCAGAAACUCCUCGCAAAUCCCGCAUCUACAUCGAGGAUGACUAUAGCGACCCCGCUCGCGUCACCCACCCCGAAGACCCCGCUGUUCCCGAGGACGCCGCCGAGGAGGAGAGCGAGCACAGAGUAGUCAACAGCGGCCUCGAGAGCAUGAGCAUGACCUCGCCGACUCCUGAGGUGCCACCGCAGAAUGUGCCAGUCGAGGCCACCGUCGAGGAAGACCAGGUUCCUCCCGCCAACAGCGAGGAAAUAGAGUCGGUCACCCCGCCCCUCGACGCCGCAGAGCCUGAGGAGAACGUCACCUCCGUCAUCGAUAAGGUCGAGGAGCCUCCCGCAGUGCACGAGACGGAGGAGGAAGUGAGCGUAGUCGACGACGUCCUCCCGAGUUCGAGUGUUGCCCCUGCGCUCGCCGAGGACUACCCCGACUCCUACACUGACCCUCUGGAUGCGGCUGACCUGCCUGACAUCGACGUGACGCACGAGCACUUGCCCUCCAAGGAGCAGCCUCUGGACAAGGGCGAGGAGGCCGGCGCUGGCCAGCCCAGCGAUCACGCAGGUGAGGUGGCAGGUGACUCCAGCGACCUGGCCGCGAGUGACCACAUGCUGGAGGUGGAAGCAGGCACGCCUCGGGUCCUGCCGCCCCAGCAGGAGCAGGUGAGCGCCGCAGCUCCCACGACCCUCACCGUCGGAUGCAUCAUCGCCAUCGUGUUCGGCGUUCUCGUGUCUCUAGUCAUUCUCGUCGGCGUCGGAGGUUUCGUCCUGUACCAGCGACGAACUCUGAACCGCCCCAAGGCCCUCAACUCCGACAGGGGCUACGCGGGCAGCGACUCCGGGGGCUACAUCGACGACCAAGUACGGGUGUCGUAUGUCAACUCGCAGAUUGACACGCCAAAGAAUGAGUCCUCCAGGCCCUCGGAAGCUCAGCAGGCGCCUCAGGUUCUCAUUAUGCUGAAGAACCUGAAGCCGACCGUGUCUGAGGGGGCAGCGAGCAAGCUGAGGAACUCGCUGCCGUCCAUGCCCAAGAUUAGACCAAUCAAUUUGCCAAACGUUGGACAGUUCAUCUCGAAGCGGGAGCCCAGAGGAUCUAAUCAGCCUGGACAAUGAUUCCUUCCUAAACAGCCUUGAAUCCAUGACCAUCCAGAAUCUGUGGACUGACAACAUCCGACACACGAAGUUGUAGCUGUAUCUCGAGGGACAGGCUCAUUCACAUUUUGACGAGCCCUUUGCUGGGCAUUGUCUCCUUUAAUCUUUAUUCUAAGUUGAGUUUAAGUUCUUAUUCUCAUCACUGAAACACCUUCAGCUUUGUUCUCUCAGUGAUAAGAACACUUUUGUAAAGACUCGAUGUAGAUGUUCUUUUUAGAAAAGACAGUCUAUUCUAAAGUGAUCUUAUCAAUAGAAAAAGUUGCUUACUAAAUGCCAUAAUGUGAAUUAUUAGGAAAUUCCUCUAAGAUCAUUAAGAAUGAAUCUAUAUAAAUGAAAUAGAUGAGAUCCUACAUGAGAGACCUUGCUAACAGGCCAUUCUGAAGAAAUUAUGAUGUCACACAUAUUUUCAUAAUUUGAUUCAACCACAGGAAAUAUGAUGAUAAUAUUGGAAGUGCAUAAUUAUUGUUUAUCUUCAGCAUUUCACAUAUAUCAAUAUGAUUAUUAAAGCAAGAUUUUUUUAAAGACAUCUUCAGUGUUUAUUACAAUUCAUGUCACUGAAUAUAAAUGUUACUUUCUAAACCACAACUUUUUCAGUGUUUUAUUCAUAGAAUAAACUAUGUGUAGUCACCAAGUUCUAAGCUCAGAAAAUGGACCUAGAAGUGCAAAACUUCAAAGAGAAUGGUAAAAUUCUGUGUUUUUCUCUCUUUUUCUUUUUCAUUUUUUGACAUACUUGAUUGGUGAAGAUAAAAUACCACAUAUGUCAAGCUAUGCCAGUCCGGUUGCUUUGGUUAUUAGCAUGUAAUUGUGAAAGGUGACUAGAGGCAGCGGUAGAUACAUAAGUAAAUGUGUAGAGUAAAGUAUACGUCAGGAAUAUUGAUUCUUCAAUACUGGGAAUCUAAAAUUUGACACUGUAUAGUACAGGAAAAGAUGGUGCCCAUUGUUAUAGGACAAUUUUUAUUCAAUGAUUUACACAGCAGAGAAAAAAUGAUAUGAUUUCUGCCAGAUAGUUAGGUAUUUUAUUAGAGUUAAAUGCAAUUAAUUGUGCUGUUUUAUUUUUUAUUAUUAUUGUUUUGUCCAUAUUAGAUAAACUAAAGUUGUUUCCUGUAGGUAGUUUCCAGUGUUUGAAUACGUUUUACAUAUCCAAAGAUUAUCACUUGAUAGAUGCUGAGAAAGAUUACUCAAAUACCAGUUUUUAUGCUAUAAGCUUUGUUGUUCUAGCCAUUGUUGUGUGUAUUAGAAAGAUUUACUACAAAUAUUUUAGGACAUUCGCAGACUUUGAGUCCAUUUGCAGAGUCCCAAAGCAAGUUUGAUUCUCUCUAUGGGAGGUCAGUUAGGCUUUCAUCUCCAUGAUAACAGACACUUUUUGAUAGUGCUGUCUGUACAUUUUAUAUUACACCAUCCAGAACCUAUAAUUGUGUCCUACAAUGCUACACCUCCAUAAUCUUGUAGUACAGUGCUAGGAAUGAAAAAGUGCGUGUGUGUGAAUGAAUGUACGUAUGCAUAUGUGUAUGUAUGUAUGUAUAGGUAUGGAAAGAGAUCACAGAGGCAAAUGUUUUUUUAAAGAAUUAUUAAAAAGAAAUAGUUUCACAGUGUACGAUAUGUAACUUAAUUGCAGUAUACAUUGAUCAAUGUAUACUGCAGUCUAAAAUUAUUCACUCUUAUUCAUAAUGCUUU